AAACACCGCUACCAUAGGGGCAUCGCCACCCUUCGACCACUCCAACUUCUCCCCUACCGGUUUCUGCCGUUAUCUUGCUGCGUGGUCGUCUCUGUGAUUCUCUCUCUAUCCCUUCCACCACCGCCGCCGCCGACCCCACCAUCCCUUUUUCCUCCCUUCCCCUCUCCUUCCCUUUCCAUCCUCCCGUUCCAUCCACAGCAAGCAUCAUGGCCGAACACUUUUCGCCAGAGCUGUAUACCGUCCCCGUCGCGUUUCCGGCCAUCUUGAAGGAUCUUAACAAGGAGGUCCUGAAGGCCCAACCCGCCGACAUUUACCAGUUUUGCGCAAACUACUUCCAGAAGAAGCUGGAGGAGCAGCGAGUCCAGCUAAUCCAGACAGCUUCUGGAAAAACGCUGGUCCCCGCACAGUCAACAGCCGGAGCCGGGGCUGCACAGUCCCACGAAGGAGAUCAUGACGAUGACGAUGCAAGCGAUGAAGACCAUGACGACGAUAACGAAGAAGAAGAGGAAGAGGACGACGAAGAGGACGAGGAGCCCUACGAGGAGCCCACGGCUCCCCCGCAGAUGCCCGCCACAUACAACCGAGGGCGCCGCACCUCGGUUAGCGCCGAGUCGAUGGCACCGACCCUGGACAAGGACUUUGUCAAGACCGUCAUCCCCAAGACCGAGGAGCAGAAGGGUCGCAUCGAGCGAGCCAUCAAGAACAACUUCCUAUUCAAGAGCCUGGACGAGGAGCAGUACGUCGACGUUGUCAAUGCCAUGGCCGAAAAGCGGGUGCUCACUGGCGAGGAAGUCAUCAAGCAAGGCGGCAUCGGCGACUACUUUUACUGCGUCGAGAUCGGAACGCUGGACGUCUAUGUGUCGCGCAACGGCCAGCCGCCCAUCAAGGUGUUCAACUACGAGGCCGGCGGCAGCUUUGGUGAGCUGGCGCUGAUGUACAACGCGCCCCGUGCCGCCACCGUCGUAGCGACCUCGGACUGCGUCCUCUGGGCCCUCGACCGCGUGACCUUCCGCCGCAUUCUCAUGGAGAACACCUCGCGAAAGCGACGCAUGUACGAAGAUUUCCUCGAGGAGGUGCCGCUCCUGAUCUCGCUCGAGCCGUACGAGCGCCACAAGAUUGCAGAUGCCCUGGAGUCGGUCACCUUCAACGACGGCGAGGUUGUCAUCCGCCAGGGCGAGGCAGGCGAUGCCUUCUUUAUCAUCGAGAACGGCGAGGCCACCGUAACCCAGACCGACGACAAUGGCGUUGACCACAGCGGCUUCCCGAGUCUAAAGAAGGGCGAUUACUUUGGAGAGCUCGCGCUGCUGACAGACAAGCCGCGAAAGGCUACGAUCACUGCCCGCGGCCGCCUAAAGUGCGCCACCCUUGGAAAGAAGGCCUUUGUCCGUCUCCUGGGACCGGUAGUGGACAUUAUCAAGCGAAACGCCUCCAACUACCAGACCUUCUCGGAUCGCAUCUAGACGCCUCUGUCGGGCUUGAGCAUCAAUCCUUCCCACCUCCUCCAUCACCCGUCUCGAUUCCCUCCUUCUCCUCCACCUGCUCUUCCUCCUCCGUCAUUACACAGCUCCGAAAGGAAUGCGCCGUGCACCACCCGGGCCUUUUCGAUCC